AUGAAGAGGUCACGGCGAAGUGUGGCGUGGGACCAUUUUGAUUUAAAAAGCGAAAUAGUUCACUGCAAACAUUGCGAUGCUGUGUAUAAGUACAACACGUCCACGACUCAAAUGAUGUACCACUUAAACAAAGUGCAUCCGUCCCUGGUUAAUGUCGGUGGCGGUGCAUCCUGCUCUCAGUCUCAACCUAGCAUCAAGUCGGCGUUAGCUCGGACUCGGAGCUGUGAUGCACAACGAGCAGAGAAAAUUACCCAAGGGAUCUGCAAGUUCAUUGAGAUGGAUAUUCUGCCCUUAAGUAUUGUUGAGGGCAAUGGUUUUCGAGAACUGAUACAUUUUUUAGAACCAGCAUAUCAAAUUCCAUCACGACGUACCAUCACCAGACUGGUAGAAACUCGCUACGAAGAACGAAAGCAGCAGCUGUUAAAAGAAUUGAGCAAAGCUGAGAGAGUUGCUCUAACUACAGACUGCUGGACCGCUUUAACAACUGAGAGCUACAUCACCAUAACCUGCCACUACAUUAGUGAUGACUGGCAAAUGAUCUCAGCGGUCCUGCUCACAGAAAGUCUGCCAGGCCGGCAUACAGCUGACCACCUCGCUGAGAAAAUGAAUGGAGCGGUAGAGCAGUGGGGACUUGAAGGCCGAGUUAUUGCAUGCGUUCAUGACAACGCGGCCAAUAUUGUAGCUGCCAACAGUCACACCAGAGUGCCCUGGAUUUCCGUUGCCUGCUUUGCACACACCCUCCAGUUGGCCAUAAAUGACGGAUUUGCACUGUAUCUUUAUCGGGUAAUAUCAGCGGCUAGUAAACUCGUUAGCCACUUUAAUCACAGCACUGCAGCAACCAAAGCGCUGCAAAAGAAACAGGAGCAAAUGGGCCUCGCAACUCACCGGCUUACCCAGUCGUGUAAAACACGGUGGAACUCCGUGUGCGAGAUGUUUGAUCGGCUGGUGGAGCAGCGGUGGGCUGUUGUUGCUGUGCUGUCGGACCGAACCGUGACCAAGCUUCAAGAUGCCAGGAUCCUGGAGUUGAAGGACGAGUACUGGCAGCUGAUGGAGGACACACAGCCCGUACUGUCAGCACUUAAAUGUGCCACCACGGUUAUGUCUGCAGAGAAAGACGUCUCCAUCUCGAACACUUAUCCCGUCACCUUCGGCCUCAUCAAUAUCCACCUCAUGCGCAGUGAAGGAGACGGGCCCAGACUCAUCGAGUUCAAGACAAAAAUUGAGUCUGAUGAGUUUGUGUCAUUCGCCCCCAUGAUCUCAUCAAUGCUGGACCCUCGUCACAAGCACCUGGGCUUUCUUACACCAGCACAGAGACUGGCUGCUAAUGUGAAACUGGUUGAACUGGGAGAGGCGGUGGGGAGUCAGGGGACCGAUAGGGCGGCUAUCCCACAGGCUGGGGCGGUCGAGGCUGCGUUGUCUGACACGGACGAGGGGAGCGCUAACACUGAAGUCACGACCUCCCAGUCAUCUGCUAUGGCACAACUCCUUGGGGAUCACUAUAGUAGGCCUACUACUACUCAAUGCGAGGCAAGCAUCGAAGCAGAACUUCAGAACUUUCUGAGGGAGACUCCCCCACCGCUGAAUUGCACACCUACAGACUGGUGGAAAGUGAACGAAUUAAGAUUCCCCGGGCUGGCCAAGUUAGCGCGGAGCUACCCUGUGCAUCCCGGCAACAUCAGUCCCCGCAGAGCGGGUGUUUUCGGCUGCAGGACUGACGAACAAAUGAGGUCUCGGUUUAAGAACGCCGGCUCGCAGUUGCAGGUUCCGCUGCUUUAG